CAAUUGACUUUGGUUUCGGUCACGGGCAGCGCGUGACGUAGCGUGUGAAGACUUUGUUGGGAAGUCACGACCAAGAAGAGGGCGUGCCCCCCACGCACAUGCGAGCAGGUGUGCGGGGGUGGGCGGGAGAACUCGCUUUUUCCACGCCGGGCAUGUCCCAACACGUCCACUGAGCGAGCGCGCGGCGCGCUAGCGACGCCAGACACGCCGGCGGUUCCACGCGGGAUGCGGAUGUGAGCGUCCUUCUGGCGUCCGAGCUUUCCGUCGAUGUCUGUCCCGGUCCCAGUGAGGCGAGACGGGCUGCUGGAGAAGCGCAGCGGCGGCCUCCUGCAGCUGUGGAAGAAGAAGCGCUGCGUGCUGACCGACGACGGGCUCCGGCUGAGCGGCUGCGCGGGUCCCGCCGCAACCCGCGCUGCGUCGCCCUGCGCCGCCUGGACAUCCGGCGCCAGAGCCAAGGAGCUGCCCUUCGAGUGCAUGGCGACCGUGGACUGCGUGGAGUAUAAGCGGGACCUGGUCUACUUCACCGUGGUCAUGGCCAGCGGCGAGGAGAUCGACUUCCGCUGUCCGCAGGACGGCACGGCGUGGAACGCGGAGAUCGCCCUGGCCCUGGUCCGUUACAAGAACCUCCAAGCCGUGCGGACGGGGAAGAAGAGGCGCAUUUCCGGUGCGCACCUGCACGCCGGUACAGAGGACGACCACGAGCUGUGAGUGCAUCUUCAGGAGAGCUACGUUACAGCAUCUCUACAUCCUGGGAUUGACCAAUAAGAAGGCCUCUUCAGGCUUUUCAAAAUGACUGGAUAAAGAGGUGGAAGUGUUGGAGACAUUUUUUUCUCUUUUUUUCAGUAGCAGAUAUUCUUAUUGAGCUCCUACAUGAACUUUUUCAUGCUGGCAUGCGGAGUCCAUCUAACACUUCUAUAGAUGGAUUUUUUUUUUUUGUUACCAACGAUGUGGAUAGAUAACCCUGUGUUAUCAAGACAGCGACGCUUGGAUUCUUUCACCCAGUGUGCCUUGAUAUUUCACAAAGAUCCUCGACUAAAGUCACUUUAUGUCUUAAGUCUUCGCUUCUGAUGGGGGAAAACGAAGUUUGACUGACAUUUGAAAUUCCCGCAUUACCGACUGAUAAGAUUUUUGCAUGUGUAUGAAGGUUAACAUGGAAAAAAAAACAAUUUUACUCUUAUUGAUUGUAUAAUUUCUAUUUAAUAAAAUUAUGUAUGGUAUAAAUAAGUCAUUAUGAACAGUGAACUCCAUUUCUUGUAACCAACCACAUGUAUAAGGUACAUGGAUUCAUGCUGCAUUCAGGACAGACUGCACACAGACUGCAUUCAGGAGACCAGAGAACUGAAUGCCUUGAAGGCGCCAAACUCAGCAGUUUCACCAUCAGCUGGUUAUUAGCCAACCCGAGCGGAUGUCAUUCAUUCAAGCAUGUUUUGCGAGUCAUCAAAUCAACAGUCCGUUUGUUGUUGUGCAGCUGAGUACAAGUCAGAGUUGGGGGUGGGGGGGCUUUAUUGUGUCACGGACGUCUUUCAUUACACUGUGGAAAACCCCAAAGCUGUUGCCACACCUCAUGAGUCAGCAAGGAAGCAGCAACCAGACACCCAGCGAUGGAGCCAGGCACGUACUUGAAUGGAUGAAGAGUUUUUAAAGUGACACGCUUUGUUCAGUGUAAUUAAAAUCCAAGCUGUGAGCCAUUCAAAGUUU